CCCGGGUGUUUUUUAGACAUAAAAAAAAUUACAAACAUGGUUGACAAAAAUGAUAAACACGAUACACAAAAAUAACAAAGUUUACAAACAUUACAAGAAAAAACCCGAAAAACAUUACAAAAUAACAAAGCGUACAAACAUUACCAAAAAAACGACAAACAUUACAAAAUAACAAAGCGUACAAACAUUACAAAAUAAAGCGGCGCGGGAGGCUAGUGGCUACGCAAAGGUAAGGGACGGAAGCAGUUUUUUUUAAUUUCUUUUAUAAUUAAAAAGUUAAAAAUAAACAUGAAAUUACUACAUUACCCUUCAUUAAAUUGGACUGAUAGGAGCCCUUGGAUUUUAAUGAGGUUGAGUGGCUAGGAUUCACUUAGCCAUGUGACUAAGGGGACCCCCCUUAGUCACCUGAUCCCAGCCCCUAACUUUGCCAUGCAAGAUAUUGAAGAGAUGGUGCGGACUGACCCGAGUAAGCUCAUCGACUUGGUUUACGAUGAUGGCAUUCAUGGCAAUGCCAAGCCUUUGCCACAAUGUCCCCUUCUGGUUGCUCAGGUGACAAAGCUCAAAUGCGGAGGAUUCGUAUUGGGAACUUGUAUCUCUCAUUGCAUGGGCGAUGGUUUUGCAGCGAUGGAGGUGGUGAACUCAUGGGCGGAGAUCGCAAGAGGACUGUCGAUUUCAGUUCUUCCAAAUUUAGACAAGAGCUCUUUACUACCACGUAAUCCACCAAGGGUUGAGUUCCAUCAUCCGGAAUUUACAAAGAUAGAAAAUAGUUCAUCAUCUGCUUCCAAUGACUUCUCCAAAGAGAACAUGAUGCACAGGGUUUUUCAUUUCAACCGUGAAUCGAUAAAGGAACUGAAAUCAAAGGCUAUGGAAGAUGGAGUUCUCUCCAAGUGCUCCACUUUCGAAUGCCUUACAGCUUUCAUUUGGAUAGUAUUAGAGCAGAUUGAUGAACCCUGCUCUGCAGAACUGAAGAACCAAGGCAGAGGGAAGACGAAGGUUGAAGAAGAGUGAUACGCAGCCGUUUGUCCAAUCCGAUGCCGUUUCCAUCUUCUCCGUUACUAGCUAGCCGUUAAGUGUUGGACGGUUGUUUGUUGCCACGUGUUAGGCACAGUAACAUUUAAAUUACAGUUUUAAAUUUCAUUUCCGUUUUUACUGUAGUUGAAUUCUGUUGGUAUAAAAAGGAACAGAGAAGCAUACAGCUUCCUCUGAGAUUUCCCCUCCAAUUAUUCAGCAGCUAAACACUACAAAAAAGAGGAGGUUUGGGGACGACAAAAGUCGUCCCUGGAAAUAGAAAAAAUCGUCUCCAUAGUUUUUGGAGACGACUAAGUCGUCCCCAAUAAGUGGUUCCCUAUACUCUUGUCCUCUAUUAUUUUGGGGACGGCUUUAAUGUAGGUCGUCCCCAUUACUAGGGACGACAGUCGUCCUCGAUACGCGCAAGUCGUCGUCUCGUUUUUUUUCCAUGAAAGACAACAUGUCGUCUCCAUAGCUAUAACUUUAGCGACUAUAAGUCGUCCCCUAAACCUAAUUUUUAGGGACAAACUGUUGUUCCACAUAAUCGAUUUCAUAAUUGUGUUGGGUCAAUAUGGGAAUAACUUGUUGUCCCCUUUUCUUUUUAUAGGGUUGCUGUGUCGUUCCUAUAGGUGUCAAAUUGGAGUCCAAAGUUCGUCUCCAAAACCUUUAUUCAAGGACUACGAGUGGUCUCCUAUACUCUAUCUUUAGAGGCGACAAGUUGUCACCUAAGACUUGUAGGGACGAAAAAUUGUUACCUAUCUAGUUUUCAUGUAGGUUGUAUAUUCCCUAUUGUAAGGGUUAAUUCUUAGGGUCACUGGAAUAUUACGCUAGCUAUGGAGAUAGUUUCUUUGCAAACAUACAUUUUUAAACUACACAAGAACUCAACUGAGCAAGUUAGAAGGCCAAACUGAUGGCUAGCAUUGAAUUUGUUAUAGUAGUGAAUAUACAAUGGAAUUGGUGUUCCCUACGAAUACAAAAAUUAAUAUGUAUCUACUUGUUAUAUACAAAUAGAAUAAGAAACGUAAAAACUACCACCACAAAUAUGCUGCCGCUGCAAUGUGCCGUCGUUCAUCACCGUCUUGCCGCCAACAUAUUUGCAAUCAUUGCCUAAACACCAUUAUCAUGGCAUCAUCGUCACGACAUCUGCAAUGUUCGUCGGUAGCUUUAUCAUCGCUUUCGAGCCUAGAAGAAAAGAAAACAACAAAUGUAAACUGAAUAAUAGAUCUAAAGCUAAUAUUGAAUUAAAGACCGAAAACCUAGAAGAAGAGGAACUAAUCUAUGUCGUACCAUCGCCUGGCCACUACUGAAGAGGAGAGGGAAGCGCCGGUUAAUAGAGGGAGAGAAAAUUGUCGGCGCUAAACGAAAAAGAGGAGGCAGAGAGUCCAACGAACGGAAUAGGGUUAAGAUUAGAAUGUAGCUAGGGUUACCGUCGUACUUAAAGUUGAAUGGAUGCUUGAGAUUAAAACUUAUUUAAAUGAACGUCUGAGAUGAAUUAGUCUAGAGAGGUAGAUUAAGGUAGAUGCGGUCCUGAUUCUAUCUCAUGGUGAGUUGUUGUACAUAUUUGUUACUUUGUAUGAUGGAUAUGGUUUUAGCCUCCCUGCCCCAUAUUCAUACACAUACCCGUCCCAUCAAAAAUAUUUCUUCAUAUAUGAAAAAUAUGUGAAUCAAUUUGUAACCUAUCA